CAUAUUUUUGUUGUGAUAGAUGAGCACUGAAACUGAAAAACGGUGCGUACCAGAUGGUAAAGGCCAUAAUGAUGAUGGUCCUGGUAUUGAUCAUCAUACAAAGGAGAAGUCUAUAAAGCCAGAUGUAAACUCAGUAGUUGGCUUAGGGGAAAAGGGUAAUCCCAAGAUGGAUGAUCCUGAUGUGUUUGAAGACCUGGAGGCUCAAUUGGCCGCCAUGCACGGCAUGGAGUUGGAUUCGUCCGACUCUGCAAUUCAGAGUGACUCUGACACGAAGAAAAAAAGUGGAUCCCAGGAUGAUGGCAUGCUGAAGCCCUCUUCUGAGGUAAGUCACGGCCUCCAAAAGAAGAAGCAUGAUUCAUCACAUCAUCAUCACCAUCAUGAAAAGCAUGAUGUUAAAAAGACAAAGAAGCCUCCAGAAGAGCCCAAAGUUGAUGGUGUUAGCAUCAAGAAAGUGAAUAAAAGUUAUGUACCCUCUGAAAUCAACGGCAAUUGUACAGAUGUGCCUGUGUCUGAGAAGUCGGGAUCGGAACUGAAAGGCAGAAAGAAUUCCAAGCCAAGUGGUAGUGCUUCUGCCGAGAAGAGAACGGCUAAGCUGAGCCCAGUGACAGUGAACCAAAAGUCUAAAUCUAGCACCAGUUCUCUAAAGGCAACUGGUAGCUCAGCCGCAAAGUCUAAAUUGAGUGACAAUGUGGACAAGUCAGAAGUGAACAAGGCAAACAUUGAAAAUGACAAGAACAAACAUUAUGUGAGUAUGUGGAAGCCUCAAACUACUUCAUCAGAGUUCUCAGAAAUGGAGACUGACCAGAAGGAAAGCCCAAAGCUUGUGUUGAAACUGGUCACAAGUUCGACGAGCGAUUCGGACAAGCCUGCCAAGAAGAGAGGGCGACCCAAAGGCAAGCACAAGUCUGACAAAUUGUCCAAUGCCAUUUACCAUGGAGAAGAGCAUUCCUUAGAUGUGAAAGAGCCUGCUCAUCCCAUCAAGAGUGAUGGGAUCUUAGCACCACAUGUCAAGUUGGGUCAGCAGCGGGGAAAGGAAACCAUCAUUAAUACGUGUGUCCCCACCCCUGCUCCUGAUGUGCCGGCUCCGGAAGAUACCAAGAGGGUGACGGCUCUUGCGUUCAGUGCAGCCGAGAGACACAAGAAGGCAACUCGAAUAGGUUUCUCCAGUGAUCGCCAUGUGGACGACGGAGCAGAUACCUCGUGGGUGUGUGCCUUCUGCUGCAAGGGAAGUCACUGGGGUGGAAUGGGUGAUCUGUUUGGACCAUACACUUUGGACCAUUCCAAGAUUGAGCCCUUUGUAUGGUGGCAGGCACUGCCCGCUUCAUCGACGCCAAACAAACCGAAGAAGGCCAAGAAGAGAAAACUUGAUGGUAGCACACCCGAGUCAUCAAAAGAUGAUGAGGCUGAAACUAAGCACCAAAAAGCAUCAAAGAAGGAUGUGAUAUGGCUUCAUGAGGACUGCCUAGUGUGGGCUCCUGGGAUCUGCUUAAUAGGAACAAAACUACAUGGUCUUGAAGAGGCCUUGAAUCUAUGCUUUCAAACAGUCUGUGUCUCAUGUGGAGACCGAGGUGCAUCUGUAGAAUGCCUAGAGAAGAAUUGCAAGGCAGCGUAUCACAUCCCUUGUGCAUAUGCUGCUGACUGUGAUCUGGACGAGAGCACCUUUCACCUCCACUGUCCCCAACACAAGAGUCAAGCCCCAAAGGAAGAUGAUUGAUGUGUUGAACUAAAAUGAAUCCCCACUUUCUGCAUGUAGUUGAACAAAACCUUGGCAGUAGGUAGCCUCUGCUGAAGGAGCUGAAGGAUGACGACGUUGCCAGAAGAGGAACCAUUUCAUCUUGUAAACACUUCUCUGUAUUGUGAAAAUUCAAAGUCCAGCUUGUCCUGGAAAGGAAAGGCAUAAGCACCUCUGAAUCUUGCCUGCAACUACUUUGAUUUUGUUCAUCAUUUAGUUUCUGUGUACUUGGAUUGGUUCCCCUAAAUCAUGUGAAUUUUGGCACAGGGACAUCGGUAGCUCUCGUCGAAGGGAAAGCAAUCAUGGCAGAAGUAAGCUGAGUCGCUGAAUGUGAUCCUGCCUGUUGACACUGAAUAUUGCUAGGGACUUCAUUGAAGUUUUUUCUCACACUGUAAUUUUAGGGACAAUUAUUAUGUUUCUUUCAGUAGGGGCCACCUUGUUUUGAUUGAAUGGUAGGCCUAUAUGUAUUGUGUCAUUUGUGCAGGGACGGAGGUGUUUCUUUACAGUCUUAUGUGUUUGUAUGGGCCUCAUAAGAAAUGUGUCUAUUUGAUAAAGUC